CAUUUUCUCGGCAACCAAAUAACUCCUUUCCAGAUUUUCGCAGAAUCAACCCGCGGACAAAGGUUCACCAUGAUCAGCGUUCUCGCUCAGGAGCGUCUUCUUGGCGCCACGCUGGGAAGUGCGUUGACGGGAUUCAUCGUUUUUGAACAACGGAAGCGCAUCUACGAAUCCAUCGCUGAUCGCGAUUCUGAACCUGGAAUCCAGUCUCAGGUAAAAGAACGCAUGUUUGGGAAGAAAUCCCGCCUGGAAUUUGCAUCUGUGUGGAACAAAGCUGUGGAUCAGACGUUUGGGCCUGUGAUUGAAUUCCUUAGUUCACGUAAAUGGUAGAGAUGGAAUAGUUCCUCCUUUUGCGGAAUUGUGUACUUCAUUGAGACCCAUGUGUUCGAUUGUUGUCCUCCUCGUCCGAUAUCAUUUUUAGAUGCUGAGAAACCAUGAAUCUGGGAUGUUCUUGGAUGUAAACACUCAGUUGUAUGACCUUAUCAGAAUACAGCUCUAUUUCUAUC